AUGAGCAUUAAUGAUUCAAAAGUUACGACCGACGAACAGGAAGAACAUGAUGCCUUAACGAUGAAGGAAUCCCUCUAUGAGAGGGGGAGAAAGUUUUUAGAUCAAAAGGAGCAAAAACUGAUGAAGGAAAGAGAAAGAAUGGAGACUAGAGGUGAUGAUGAAUGUACUUUUCAGCCGACAAUUUCAAAAAAGGCUAAAAAACUCGUGAGAGAAGAGAGUUUAUAUGAAUUCAAUAACAAAUGGAAAUCAAAAGUAGACCAAAAUUUGGAGGAGAUGCGAGCAAAGCAAGCCCAAAAAGAGGAAGAGCUGAUAUCAGCAAAACCAGCUCCUCUCUCCUUAGUAUCUCAAUUCAUCAUCAUGAAGAAGAUGGAACAGAAAGAAUAUAGUGGGCCAAUUUCGGGAUGGGAAAAAAGGUUUGAUGAGUUUAGGCAAAAGCCCUCUGGUGUGGAUGACGAGCAAUAUGAUUUUUCACCCAAGAUCAAUGAAAAGUCAGCCAUGCUUGCCCAAAAACAUCGGACCGAGCAAGAAGCUUCCUUAGAUACAUUUGAGAGACUCUAUGAGGAUGCAAAGAAAAAGAAAAACGACGAAGAUUCUUCAAAUUUGAAAAAAGAGAAAAGAAAGAACAACACAUCUGAACACAACACAAGCUCCAACAGUACCGAUGAUGAAAAAAACAAAACUAAGGCUUCAGAGACUGAUUUUUACAAAAAGGUUAUGGAGCGUCAGUCCGAAGCAGAAAAGAAAAAAGCUAAGCUAAAGGAGGAUGAGGAGGAUAAAUAUUCGUUUAAACCCCAUAUCAACAGACAUUCCUUAGAUCUUGCAAAGCACAUUGAACGACAGCCCUUGUACUCUCCAAGGAAAUCACAAGAAGAUCACAAUUCCUUCAACGUCAAUGAAGGUCCAAAUGCUCACAAAAAGAAAUUUGAAGUAGAAUCAUUUCUUCAGAGAAGGUUGCAAAAAGAAAAGCAACGUCAAGACAGGAUUAAGCAAAUGAAACAUGAUAUUGAUGAGCUUGAAAUGAAGGAAUGUACUUUCAAGCCAAUUAUUAACCCCAAGUCUCUUGAGCUCGCUUCUCUGUGGAUUGAAUCUUUUGACAAAGAUUUAGAAGAGCUGUAUGAAUUUGAUCCUCGUUUUAACAAUUCAGGAUCUCCAAAACCCUAUCUGAAAAAACAUUCAAGUAAUUAUAUUGAUUACUCCAUAUCUCCAAAACACAACAAUUCGUCAACGCAUGAGAGAAGGAGAACGGUUGACAGCAAAGCAAGCAUGAUUAUUGAAUCACUUUUUGAUGAAUCCUCAGUUGUAAAAGAUAGAACCCCUUAUCGACGUACUCCAACCAGUGCUUCUAAAACCUCUCCGGUUAAAUCCACUGGUACAUCUUCAAACGUCUCACCCAUCGUUUAUUCUGAUUCGAAGAAAGAUGGUAUAAUUACUCCAUCAACUCAGAUGAAACAUAUUGACGAAUUUGACGAUGACGAGCUAGCAUCAAUUGAAAAUGAAAUGCAGUCUGCCAUUAAGGAGUUUGAAGAGUGGAGCCAAUUCGACAAUUUGUCUCUGUAA